AUGCCUAAAUCACGCUCGUCCUCAUCCUCAACUUCUACAACCGAUGUCCCGCCCGGUUAUCAUGCCGAUCCGUCCAAAGGACCCAUGUUGCGCUACCAAGCCUCUCUCCCCCGUCUCCCUGUCCCCACACUCUCGUCCACACUCGCAAAGUAUGUAGAAACUGUGCGCCCGCAUCUCACCGCGACCGAGCUCGCAAAAACCGAAGCCGUGGUCCAUUCCUUCGCAACAUCCCAGCAUGGCGCAGAGCUCCAGCGCAGGCUCGAAGCCCGUGCUGCUGACCCCAAUACGAAGAACUGGUUGGCGGACUGGUGGAACGACGCAGCGUACAUGGGAUACAGGGACUCUGUGGUGGUGAACGUGAGUUACUACUACGUUCACGUUGACGACAAGUCGAGACGUGACCCGGCCAAACGAGCGGCGAGCUUGAUCAAGGCAAUGUUACCAUUCCGUGAAUUGGUGGAAACUGAGCAAUUAGAGCCCGAGAAAGUGCGCGGCGCUCCGCUCUGUAUGGCAUCCUACAAGUGGCUCUUCCAUGCCUGCCGCUAUCCGGAAAUGCCAUCAGACACUGCUCGCAAAUUCGACCCGAGGACGCAUAAUCACGUCGUGUUCAUCAGGAAGAACCGUUUCUUUGAGGUACCCCUAACAAAUGCCGAUGGUACUGAAGUCAGUGCAGCGGAUCUAGAGGAACAGGUCCGAGAGAUCAUCAGAUUGGUCGGCGACAAAGAGGGUAUUCCAAUCGGGGCGUUGACGAGCGAGAACAGGGAUACUUGGACCCAGGCUCGGCAGCGCCUAGUGAGCGCAUCUGCGGACAACAAGGUGUCGUUAGAGCGCAUAGAGUCUGCGUUGAUGAUUGUGACGCUCGACGACACGAAGCCCAUCACGCGCGAGGAUAUCUCCUGGGCGUGCUGGGUGGGCAACGGACGAAACCGGUGGUACGACAAACAUCAACUGAUCGUCUUUGACAACGGACGGUCUGGAUUCCUUGGCGAACAUUCUUGUAUGGACGGCACACCGACUCUCCGACUCAACGAAUUUAUGCUAGCUUCGCUUGCCGCGAAUAAAGUCGACCUAGGUCCAUCAGAACCCUGCUCCUCGCUUCCAUCACCCAAAGAGCUCGGUUUCACGACGAAUGAUGCAAUUGUUUCCGACGUGCACAUCGCGGAGAAGCACUUUGACGAGCUGGUCGGCAAGCAUGAGAUGCAUGUGUUGCACUACGAGGGAUAUGGAAAAGCGGAAAUCAAGCGAUACAAGGUGUCGCCCGAUGCGUGGGUGCAAAUGAUCAAGCAGCUUGCUUUCCAUAAAUUCCAAGGACGCCCGGCGGUCACAUACGAGAGCACGCAGACGAGGAAGUUCCAGCUGGGACGAACGGAGGUUACGCGGAGUGCGAGCUCUGAGAGCAAGGCCUGGGUCGAAGCGAUGGCUGAUGCCAAGGUGUCGCAGGAUGAGCAGCGAGCGAACUUGUUUCGGAGGGCGAUAGCGAGGCACGUUCAGUAUGCAGCAUGGGCCGCUGAUGGCCAGGGCGUGGAUCGGCAUCUUUUCGGUCUGAAGAAGAUGGUGGGAGAGGGCGAGCCGGUGCCUGAGCUCUACAGUGACGAGGCGUUCUCGAGGACGAACCACUGGGAGCUGUCGACGUCGCAGCUGUCGUCGCCGUACAUCGAUGGAUGGGGCUACGGAGAAGUUGUUCCUGAUGGCUACGGGCUCUCGUACGCGAUUGGGGACGAGCACAUCCGGUGGACGAUUACAAGCGAGAGAGGGGACUCUGCGGUGUUGAAGCACUAUUUAGCAGAGGCGGCGACGGAGGUGCGGGGGCUGAUGGCGGCGGCAGAGAGCGGGCGGGCGAAGCUGUAG